UCCCUAAACCAAUUCGAGUUCCCCCAAUUUGACAGCCAAAAUUUAGUUGAUUUCAUCUGAAAAAGCAGAUUAACUGGGAAAUACUACCGAAAAUGUCGCAGCGUUAAGGUGAAAGGUGAAAGCACCUGUCCGCCCCAAAGGGGAAGCAAGCAAAAAGAUUUGACUAUAGCCUUGAAAGCCAGUGAAUCACUAGAAGAUAAAGACAUUGGAUUGGUCAGUGGAGCGCCCGCUGGAGGAGCACCCACAAUUGCAGACCUUUCGAUCGCCCCCAAUCCGCUCCAGCUCCAGGUGGAGGUGACACCAACGCCCCGAGACACACGCGCCCUUUCCGAAGUUGUGGCCCACUUAAAUAGAAUGGGCAACGACGAUCAUCGACGGCGAAAGACACCCUGCGGAUUUUGCAUGGCAGUCUUCAAAUGGAUACCAGUGCUUUUUAUUACAGCGGUAAUAGCUUGGUCCUAUUACGCUUAUGUGGUGGAGCUAUGCAUCCGCAACUCGCAGAACGGCAUUGCUAUGAUCUUCAUGCUUCUGUUCUACCACCUCUUCCUCACCCUGUUCAUGUGGUCUUAUUGGCGCACCAUAAUGACCUCCGUAGGCCGAAUACCGGAUCAGUGGCGGAUACCAGAUGAGGAAGUGUCGCGACUUUUCCGAGCCGACAGUCCGGAAACCCAGAAACGCAUUCUCAACAACUUUGCGCGUGAUUUGCCAGUAACGAAUCGCACAAUGAAUGGUUCGGUGCGGUUCUGCGAGAAGUGCAAGAUCAUCAAGCCAGACCGAGCUCACCACUGCAGUGUGUGCAGUUGCUGCGUACUGAAGAUGGAUCAUCACUGCCCCUGGGUAAACAACUGCGUAAACUUUUACAACUACAAGUACUUCGUAUUGUUUCUGGGCUAUGCGCUCGUCUACUGCCUGUAUGUGGCGUUCACCUCGCUGCACGACUUUGUCGAGUUCUGGAAGGUAGGUGCAUACGAUAAUAAUGGUUACUCGGCACAGGGACAGCUAAAUGCCAGCGGAAUGGGGCGUUUUCACAUCUUAUUCCUGUUCUUCAUUGCCAUUAUGUUUGCCAUUAGUUUGGUGAGCUUGUUUGGCUACCACAUCUACCUUGUGCUGGUGAAUCGCACGACAUUGGAGUCGUUCAGGGCUCCCAUUUUCCGCGUUGGCGGCCCCGAUAAGAAUGGCUAUAACUUGGGCCGCUAUGCCAAUUUCUGCGAGGUAUUUGGCGACGACUGGCAAUACUGGUUCUUGCCUGUGUUUUCGAGUCGCGGUGAUGGCUACAGCUAUCCGACCUCCAGCGACCAGAGUCGAGUGUCCACCACCUCUCCCGUCCAGCGGUACGAUGCCAUGGGAGAUACGGCCACCAGCAGGUUAGAUGGCAAUCCAACAGAUAAGUUGAUUGGCGCUAGUCCCCUCGACACCACUAACCAUCACCACAACCAAUCGCCUCAUCAAGUAAGAAGCACCAGCGUCCAGCCAACCCAGCUGUUGCAGGUCCAGCCGUCAUCUCCAUACCAGGACGAACUCAACGGGCGGCAGGAGCAGCUGGCAAACGGCAGCACGGCAGCAGCCAGGUCUAGCCCGGCCGAGUGUGUAGUCAAUGGGGCAGCCGUAUACAUUGAUAUGACCAUCGGAGACCAUCCGUUAAAAGGCGCUGAUCCUGCCAAAGGUUCCCCACGCCCGGCGAAUGGCGAUCUGCCAGUUUGAAUAAUAACCAUGUUUCUGUAGAAUGUAUUAUACGUUUGUACCAUAGAGCCAAGUAAACUGCCAGAUUUGUGAGCGUUGCGGUUUGUAGUAAGCAAAUAAGUUACCUCUAUGCAAUUCAUCAGCUGUUUAGUGUAGGCUAUUUAAAUGUUUAAAUGGCUGGGACCACAAUAUAAAUCAACACCUAGCUAUAAUCGACUAAGUUAACAUUAGGCAAUAUUUCAUUGGUUUCACACACGCAUUUAUCGAAAUUUUUAUGGACAUCGAAUAUGGAAUUUCCUGUUAGCUAAGAUGGUGAUCUCCUUCGAAGAUUUGUACCUUGCUAAUGCAUUCAUGAAACCAACUAUUCUUGUAGAUAUCAAACGAUCUUCAAGACUUCAACCUAAUGAUAAGCAAAUGAGAUUUCAGUACACAUUAUUAACACACACGGAAUUCAGUAAUUUCCAAAUGGUUUUAAUUUAUGUAGUUAGUAACUGUUUGCAAGUUUUUAUACUUUUUAUUACUUUGUACACCUUUAUGCCCAAAUACAUUUUUUAUUGAA